AUGUAUGAGUCAGUGUGGAAGAAGAAGAAGAAGAAGAAGAAGAAGAAGAAAAAGAAGAAAGAGGAGAAGAAGAAGAAGAAGAAGAAGAAGAAGAAGAAGAAAAAGAAGAAGACUGAUUGGGCACCGGAAUCAUUUGUUUAUUUGUGUGAGCUAUGUUUCCGAAGGUCAGCAGACAUUGGGUUAGGGGACCGAGCAAUAGCUGUUUUCAAGUUCUCUUCAAUUCACAAUUUUUUGAGAAUUGACAAGGAGAUUUGCAACAAGGACUGCAAAGAUUUGUGAUGUUUUAUACUGCUUUCAAGAUAGGUUUUUGAAUGUCGUCGAAUAUCACUAGGUUAACUAUAGGUUCCUCGAGAUCAUAUUGACGGCUGAAGCCUGAACUACAAACACUUGAGGUCUAACUCGGUUUAGUUAUGAGGUUACCGUCGGCAGUCAAACUACGGUUUUAUCUCUAUUGGUCGCUCUCUGCAUAGAUAGGACUAAUGGUAGCUGUUUAAAGAUCCAGUUUACUGGCUCGAGGUCCACAGCACAACCGGGGUUAGUGGUCAAAGUGCACCCUUAUAGAAUACACAAAAAAGAUCACUCAGAGCGGCAGCCGGAGUAAGUGGCGGCUAGGAUUGCAGUGCCGUCAAAACAGUUAUAUGAGCAUAACGUGGCUGAAAACUACCAAAACUGGGUUCACAUCGCAGAAUAUUUUUCCAUAGUGAUGUUCCAUCAACUGCGGGGCAAAGCAACACUUGAGAAUUAUCCACAUAAUCGAGAGUGGCAGACAAACAUUUGGGAUGUAGGGCAUGCUGUUCACAAUAGAAACACAAGGCAAGCAUAUGCAACAGAUUUCAUUGGCGACAAAAAAUUUUAAGGGGGCUUUGUUUAGCUGAUUUCUCUCCCUUCGUAACAUGGUUCACAAGUUCAUAAUAGGUAGUAAGUAGUUUGGAUUUGUCCAACAAAUUAAUAAGCCAACGACAACGUCGUAGUUCAUCGUAUACAUUUUAAUAAAUCAAAAAAUCCCCUGAAACAAGUCAGAAAAGCCAGAAGAGGCGACAUCCUCGAAUAAAAUGUCUCUGCGAAGUAAAGAACUAAGGAUAACAAAGGCGGAGUUAAGUUUUCAUAAUGAACUAACUGCAGAAGACAGGUCUCUCCCUCCGCAUGUAGCCUACCUGCAAAUGACCCGGCGUUCGAACUAUUCGUACACCAGAUGGAGUUUGAAGACUAGCUUUGGAUCAGCAGUGUACUAACUGUUUGGCAGAUACAUCCUGAUAGAAUGGUGGAUGGUAUUGUUUUAUGAUUCUUAAAGCCACAUAGGCAAGUGUUCAGCAGGAUUUUUUUGAAUAGCCUUGGCAUCCUCCCAGAAAUAUACUUGUUCUCCCAAUUCCAUGUCGAUGCCCAAACGAAACUUGAGUUGGCGUGCAUGGAUAAGUUACCAUUCAUCGCUUUGACCAUAUCUAAGUGAGUUACCUCGCAAGAUACCGCGAUGGUCCAAAGUAAAUUCGCUUGAUCUUGAUUGAAACACCUGAAAAAUUAAUAUGACGGGUUUAACCGAAACUGUCUUACUGGCCAGUUUUUCUCUCAUAAUCGUGAACGUAAUGGACCCAAUGGCGACAAGCGUUCAGUGUUUCUUUGGGACGGGCGAGCCCUGCGUUCGGUGUUUUGCCGAAGCAACUUUUUUCUUACUCUUUAAAAACGUCGAGAUAAGGGUUCGAUUUUGUUAUAUCGACACAAACCCGGGAAUUGUGGAUAUUGAUCAUUCCAACUAUAUUUACGGAGGACGACUUCCGAUUAGUCAGUUAUCCUGUUUAUAGAUAAAGACGCCCAGGAAUGAUUAAUUUAUGCUGUUUCCCAGUAAUAUCUAAAUCAUUGGCCUCCGUCAUUGUUAACGGUCGAAUCCAUCUAUAUUUUCAUGAUUAGGCCCAGCAAAGUACACAAACACAAAAGCAAGUCUCAUCGAAAGUCACAAAUCAUUUCUUGAGAUUCCCCACGAUCAACACCUUGGAACUCUCCUGUUUGCAAGCAAUGUCUAUCAAGAUUUUGGAAAGCUUUCUCAUUCUAGGACAGGGCCCAUUCCUCAGUAACUGGGUGUAAUAAAAUGAUUCGUUUAAAAAUUUCACAACGCAAGUUUAAGAACGGACGCCUUCUGUCCUUUUCUUUCACUUUAGUGACCUGGACAUUUAGAAGGACUGAAUGCAGAUGUUAAGUAAGGCUACCACACAUUUUGAUUUUGAUGACGACAAAUGUGUCUUCGAUAUACUGAAUUCAUAACACCGGUAGAUAAUAGUCAAAAGCCGGUACCCCUGGUCGUUGCAAUGCCGCAUUACCAAUAAAAAAGGAAAACUGCGGCCCCCUUGGCGUAGCUCUGACUUCAUGCAUAAAUUCGCCGAACGUGGAAAGAGUCUUCAAGAAACACUUAUAGACCCCGGGGAAGUACAUAGUUUUCGGUUUUCUAGGAGCAGUUCCGACAAGGACAAAAGAGGCAUUGGUGGCCCUUUCUGAUGUAUUGGCUGUCAUCAACCAGCCUUACCUAAGUCCAUAUUUUUUGGUACCCGGCUGUCGAUCUCGCGUCCCCUGGUCAUCGAGCACCAUCAAGCCCAACACUCGAUGAUCAAAGAAUGCGAGAACAAUCCCCAGGUGCCGCAAAACCAGGGCCUAUAAAAGGCUGCCUGGCAACGACUAACAAGCCAGAAACGGACAUCCAAAUCUCCCUCGUCUUUAAAUGCAGUCUAUACUACCAGUUGCUGGGCGGCUAACCGCAGAGCUCCAGAUCGAACCCGAAACAAAACGGAACGGUAAUGUCCCGCAACCCGAUCGAUGAAUGCACUUCCAACAUAAGUUAAUAUUCCCGUUACCAACCGGCAGGACAACGGAUUCGUGGCUUAAUGGUUAGAGAGUUAGACUGCAUAAUCCUGGUGACCAAAGAACGUGAGUUCGAGGCUCAGGUGCAGCAAAGGUUAAGUUUUGAUAGGACUGGCCGACGACGGCUAAUAAGUUAGAAAUGGCCUUCCAAGUCUCUUUUGUCUUUGUCGGAAAUCCCUUCUUUUUUGACCCAACUGUGAAAACUCGGUGAACCCGGUGAGAUUCGAAGCCAUAACAACAAGGAGAAGACUAAAUUACAGCCGAUCCUCUAGCCACCUGAGCUACGAAGCCCCACUGGGAGCCAAUUGGUCGCUAUGGGACUGUCUGCGAGGGUCCUAAUUUGAGCUUCAGGGUUCAACGAGCGAGCAUGUCCCGCAGAUCGACUGAUAAACGCACUUCCAACAUAAGACUUAAGUUUGUUGUCUUGUUCGUUCUAAUGUUCCUCCAAUAUAAUUUUUACGGUUUUGACCGGUAAAUACUGUAGGCUCGAGGUGGAACGUGUCAUCUUUUCGCAAGACACAUUCAUCUUGUCAGUUUCAGAAGGAGAUACAUGUGACUUGUGAUGCGAUGAUGUAGCUGGCUUGUAAACCUCUGGAAGGCGACAAAAUUAUUCCAUCUUGGCAUCUUUGAACGUCGUCGUUUGCUGGGCUGUCCUUGUUAUUACCCUUGCGUUCCGAGGUCCUACUAGGUGACUGUUAAUUUAAUAGGUGAAUGCUAUUUACUAGCACUUCGUUAAAUUAUCUUCACAGUCGCUGUGAAGCGUCCGGGUCUUAUUUACGUAUUUUUCUUUGUUUGCCUUCACUGUCGACAGUUAUUUGUCGGCUGGUAAUAUGACAAUACUCUUGUCGGCCUUCAUUGUUUGAAGUGCCUUUUCCUACCCUUUUAGAGGACCUGUUCUGUGCUCUAUGGUACGUGAGUCUGGCGACGAUUCGUCGGCCGACAGCAUGGACAAUAACAAAGACAGUCCGGGAAAAGAGUAA